AGUCACUUUAUAAGUUACGUAAAACCCCUAAAGGAGCUGGAUGCCAGAGGAAAAUUCGAAUAUUUGAAAUAACCUGCCGAAUUGAAAAUCCCAUCUCUACAUCAAACGGUUUGUGGCAUAGAAUUUGACAACUGUUGAGGACAAAUGGCCUGUAAUGCAAAAAAAAAAACAAGUGAGGUUAGGAGUGUUGACAUCUAGCUGUCAGAUGCACCAAAAGAGGCGACCGAAGUGUUUACUACUGUGUCUCUACUCGCACUGUUAUCCGAAAAAGGACAUUUAUUACCGUGCAUGUCUGACAGCGAAACCAGUGAGAACGAUCUCGGUGCUGUGACCGAAAAGACAAGACUGAUGGACGGUCAUGUCGCUGCAAACGGUGGCUCCAGCAGUGGGCCAACAGAGGGACUGGAGCACCAGCCCAGGAAAAGGCCAGACGGCCCCCUGCUACAGAAAGUACUCAUUUGAGAUCAGGCGAACAUGCUGGUACAAGUGAUCAAAGACAGUCUGCAGUACAGAAUGAUAUGCCAGUAGGUCCUUCACAAACAAUUGACGAGGAAGAGGAACUGAAAUAUGGUGCUAAACAUGUUAUUAAGCUGUUUGCACCUGUUUCACUCUGCAUGGUUGUUGUUGUAGCCACAAUCAGUGCUGUCAAUUUUUAUUCUGUAAAAGACAUGUAUUUGGUAUACACCCCAUUCCAUGAAGAAAGUCCAGAUUCUGGAACAAAAGCGUGGAAUGCUGCUGCAAAUGCACUAAUUUUAAUGGCAGUGAUUGUAGUAAUGACCGUGUUGCUCAUAGUAUUAUACAAAUAUAGAUGCUACAAGACAAUCCAUGCUUGGCUGAUUGUUUCAUCAUUGAUGCUGUUGUCAAUAUUUUCUUAUUUAUACUUGGAGGAAAUUUUAAGAGCUUACAACAUUCCAAUGGACUAUCCCACAAUCUUGUUGCUUAUGUGGAACUUUGGUGUGAUGGGCAUGAUAGUAAUUCAUUGGCAAGGGCCUUUGUUGUUACAGCAAGCUUAUUUGAUAUUUGUGGCGGCACUGAUGGCGUUGGUUUUCAUCAAAUAUUUGCCCGAAUGGACGACGUGGGCGGUUUUAGCUGUGAUAUCAGUUUGGGAUCUAAUUGCAGUCCUCAUGCCUAAAGGGCCUUUGAGAAUUUUAGUAGAGACAGCACAAGAAAGGAAUGAACAAAUAUUCCCAGCUCUAAUAUAUUCUUCAACUUACAUGUAUGCAUAUACGAACAUGGCGACACCAAGUACUACAGAGGAAGCUUCAAAUCCCAGAGUUUCCAGGACGACAAGUGAAGAGCAUGGGUUCACGAGGGAUUGGGUUGAGAAUCAUGCAAGUAGGGUCGCUGAGAGGCAGGUUGAAGUUCACAAUGUGCCUACUGGGCAAGCACACACCCAGGUACAUCAUGAGGAGGAAGAACGCGGAGUCAAACUGGGAUUAGGAGAUUUUAUAUUCUACAGUGUAUUAGUUGGAAAAGCAUCAUCUUAUGGAGACUGGAAUACAACGUUAGCUUGCUUUGUAGCAAUUUUAAUUGGUUUAUGUUUGACAUUGCUACUGCUGGCAAUAUUCAAGAAAGCUCUGCCAGCGCUUCCGAUUUCUAUCACAUUUGGACUAGUAUUUUAUUUUGCCACCAAAGAAAUUGUCAGUCCUUUUACUGACAGUUUAGCUAGUGAACAAGUAUUCAUUUAAUAUUUGAUAAUGAAUUCCGUUAGUUUAUCAUACAUAUUUUAUUAAUUUAAAUAGGAAUUUUAACACUUUUUCGAUAUGAUGUACAAAAAAAACAAUAAACAUUUUUGGUCCACCCAUACAUUGUUUACAUUCUUCAUCAUAUUCCAGUAUCGUAUUUGUUUCAUCAGUAAAAACAUAGAAAUGUACAUAAUUAUUGUUACAGCAUCAUUUUAUACCUCAAACGAGUUUGAAUUUUUGUAAAAUUAUGAUGUACAAUCAAUAUAAUAUUAAUUUGAAAGAUGCAACAAAAAUCCAA